AUGGCAACUGCUCUUGACCCAGACGAUGUACUGCGUUCAACCGAUGGUAAGGCAAAUUUUCAGCGCCUUGCAAGACUUUUAAUAAGUGGAGGCACUACCCUGUUAAGACAGAUUUUUGACCUCAUUCAUCCUCCAAGUAAUUUCCCUGCAGUUCUUAACAAUCCUGUGACACAGAAACAGCUCAAAGCAGCGAAAUUAACUAAGCCGCAGUGGGACUGUCUCUACCCAUACCCAGGGGGGUACGGUAAGUCAGUAGACUUUGACGUUACUCUUCUCUUUCGCCUGCUGAGAACAAUAUGCAACCUCAGUCCUCCACCCACGGGUUGGGAUGUGUUACCAGCAAGCUCAGACGUCAGUUUAACCGCAGAUUUGGCAAGAAUAAAGUACUACAGAAACUCCAUUUUCGGUCACGUUAACCAGUGUAUGGAGAUCCCAGAUGGCAAGUUUCUAAUCCUUUGGCAAGAAAUUGGCGAUGCUCUUGUGAGAAUUGCUGGACAGAUUGGUCACUCGGCGAAAACGGCAUGGCAGACUUCUGUCGAUAACUUCCUGAGGGAUCCCCUCACGCCAGACGAUGAUAGGAAUGCAAAAGAACUGGAGAGAUGGUAUAUGAAUGAUAUGGAUAUCAAGAAAUCCAUGGAGGCAUUGAAAACCACAACACACGAGGGAUUCGAUCAUUUGGAAACAGGAAUCAGCAACUUACAGGCGUUACAGGAGGAAUUUGCGGAAACAACGCAAACUAUUGAUGAGGGUGUCCGGCGCUUAGAGUCCAUAUUUCGAGAGGAAACGCAAGAUAUCAAAGAUCAUCUAGGCGAGAUGUAUCGUUUAAUAGAUGCUGGAUUUCACUCUGCUGGCGGUAAGUUAAAAAGAGGUUAUUUUUGCUUUCCUGGCUUUUUUGUGAAGGCAAUAUUAACUCAUGUAUUCUCAGAUAAGCGCGCAAUUCAGAUAUUCUCAGAUAUAAUGAAGAAGCCUGGGUGAGUCAUUUGUGGCCGGCACCAAAAAAAGUCCGCACGGCUCGGAGCGAAGUCUUCGUUCUGCUUAUGGUGUACAAAUAAUGAAGCUAAAGUGCUCAGAAACAAUACGCACAGUAUUAGUCAAACCUCAUCAAUGCGAGCGCAUUAUAGAAAGCAGAUAAUGUUCCAAAACGAAAGAAUUUCAAAACUUCCUGAUAGCUAUUCCCUCCUCGUGUGCUUAAACAAUUAAUGCCUAUGCUUGAUGUAAAAUCACACUGAGGGGAUCUCACUUUUCUGGGAGAAUUUCUGGCUACCUUUUGUACAAGUGUCAUUCGAAUUAAACAGAUUUUUGGCGCUCUAUUAAAAAUGUGAUUUCCACAACCACAUUUUAUUAAUCUUUUUUAUUCAGCAGUUCAUCUGACAAACGUAUACGGGGACAGCACGGGACAUUUUGUUCAACGGAUGCCUAUAAUACCACAGGCAUCCCAAGCAGUGGGCCAGAGUGUGAAAAUGACAGGAUUUAUUCCGCCUCAGCCUACGAUGUAUGGAGGCAUUCCAUCAGCGCAAGAUUCCCUGAAUUUAAUUGCUCUCAGAUACUUUCAGUUUGUCGACCCUUCGAAGCCGGAGCAGUUGAAUACUUACUUAGAAAAUCUGGAAAAGGUGCGGCAAGCGCUGUUUAUUCACGAAGAGUCGCCGGAAGCAUUGAAAAUCCUGAAGAAACUUUGGAAACACCACCGCGCAGAUGAGCCAGAAGAAAUGGCAAGAGUAUUCAUUGAAGCGGAAAACAUUCUGAGAGAAUGUGGGCAAAUCGAGGAGUACAGUGCGUGUUCACGGCCUCGCACCAAUCAACAUGCAGGUUGGUGUAAGGGGGAGAGCGCGCGCACGUGUGUGUGCAGUAAUCGGGACGCUUACUUCUUAAGCCUAUUUUUUCUUAUGUCCACUACGAUCUCUUAAAAGGUCCAACGAUAUUGCUGCGAUUGCUGCGAAAAAUCGAUAGUUGGGGUAAAAUUCAGUUCUACAAGCCAACAUACCGAAAUCUCCUUUCACAUAAUUUUCGCUUCCAAUAUUGAUUCCAAAGCCAUAUUUCUUGAAAGAAAAGUGACAUAGAAGCUAAAAUCGAAUAUAUUAACAAUUUUGCUAAUCCGCAAAUUUGAAAUUAAAUAAAGUUUUUACAUGAUGGUGAUUUUUUAUCGUAAGUGGUACAUUCCAAACUUAGCCUUGAGCUUAGUCCAUCUCAAUGACCGCAUUUAUUAUCACGCUACUAUUUGUUAACAGUUAAGAAAUUAAAUUGCAGAAUUUAUUUUAACUAUUUAAAUGUUUCUUUUUCUUAGCCACUGGUCCAGUAUGCUUGCAAAUCAACAACAUCAGUGAUCCACCUAAAAAGCAAGACUCGGUUACUGAGCUUAGAGAGAAGUUUGCACACUUACGAAGACUAUGCGAGGAUCUGCAGAACGCUGUUCUCCGAUGGAUCGUGAUAAGAGAGGCCACUAUACAAAAGUUAAAGUCACUUGUAGUGCAUUUGAAAGACGUUGAGUCAGAAGUCCAUUCCAGACAAUACAGAUUAGUAGCCACGCUCACUGGGUUAGCCUCAGUCUCAGUAUAUUGUAUACCUAUCAUGGGCCAAUUAUUUGCUGUAGCCAGUAUAAUUGCAAUGAUAGGCAAAACCGAAUUUGAGGAAAUCCUGCGUAGUUUAGGGCUCAGUGAAGUGCAGGCGUUAAUUGAGGAGGAUCGCAAAUGUUGCUUGGAGCUUCAACAACAAUUUAAUUCCUUGGAAAACUUCAUAUCUACUCUGGCAGAGUUUCUUAUACCCCUGAAUGAUAACGUGUUUCUUCUUAAGGAAAUGGUUGAGAGUAGCUUUGAAUUCCUUUACAAGUAUAUAGCCUGUGAAGACAUUGACACAUCCACUGUGACGAAAGUGGGAUUCUGUGCGAAGUUUCUUCGAGCAGCCACUUCUGCAGGUACGAUGUCCUCUUCAAUCUCAGAUGCACAGUCUGCUACCGUUUUUGUUUCUGAAGUUGCUAGGGUAGUCGCCAUGGCUCGCUCUGAGUCUAAAUGUGAGGCUGUCCGCACUGGGACACUUGCGAAAUACAUUGCAGACAGCUGUAGUAGUGAUAUUAAAUCCUAUCUUUUUCCUCUCGAGAUUGCUCUGUUCCUGCUAUCUUCUUUUAAGGAUUAUUGUGGUUCUGUCUCUUUGAUGGCGGAAGAUAUCAGGGGGAUUCUGAACGAGCUGGAAUGCCCAAAUGAAGAAGAAAUUCAAUGUUUGGUGCAAAGUCUCAUCGAGGGCAGCUUUAACAAGGCUUACAGAAUGGUGGAAAGCGAUAGUCAACGAGAAUACCGC